AUGUCGCUCGCACUAGGAAAGCGCAAGCGUGCAGUGGUCUCCAAAACAGCCCCUGCCUCCAAGAAGGCUGCGAUCGUAAAGCCGGCAUCACGACCACCUCCAGCACCCGAACCAGAAUCCGAUGCAGAAGAUAGACAAGCGAUGAACGAGGCUUUCCGCCGCGCUUUUGAGAAGAGAUUCAAGGCGAUAGAGGAGGACAAGCCAGAGGAGGUCUUGAUCGACGAAGAACCGGAUGAGGAAGAUGAAGAAGCCUGGGAUGGUCUCUCGGAAGAGGAGGAAAGCGACGAGAAUGAGGUCGAAGUGGUAGAGCACAACAUGUCAAACUUCACACGCGAUCGAGCAGACAAGGCCGCGCUGAAAGCCUUCAUGUCCUCGAAACCACCCACGUCCACAGACGACAUCCCCAGCACAACCUCCAAACAACCCACAAAAAAGAAGGACGAAGAUGAAGGCACAGAAGCCGACAAUCUAAAAGACGAUCUCGCCCUCCAACGCCUCCUCAAAGAAUCACAUCUCCUCGACUCUACAUCCCUAACCACCGACCCAUCUGGCAAGAAUCGGCAUAAAGCCACUGAUCUGCGUCUCCUCGAACUUGGCUCCAAGACAUCUAUUUUCGCUCAAAAGAAUAUGCCUAAACAUCAAAGAGUGGGUAUUCAGAAGAAAAAGGAGGACAGAGAGUUUGAACGAAGGAGGGAGGCAAAGGAGAAUGGUAUUGUGCUUGAGAGGGUCAGGAGGGAGGGUACGGAUGGAAGAGGUGGUGGAUUUGGAGGUGGUAAGCAAAGGGAGAGAGGAAUUGGAAAUCCGAGCGUGGGUAGAUUCAGUGGAGGUACGCUGAAGUUGACCAAGAGGGAUGUGGAGGGCAUCACUGGACCUCCGAGUAGUGGAAGAGGAGGAAGAGGUGGCAAGGGAGGUCGUGGCGGUGGUAGAGGCGGUGGUAGGGGAGGUGGUAGAGGCGGAAGAGGAGGUAAGAGGUAG